AAAAAAAUAAUAUCCAGCCAGAAAGAGGGAGAGAGAUUCAGAGACCCAAUUGCAAUUAGACCCAUCAGCCAUCAUCCCAACACCUCCUGUACCCAUAAUCAUUCAAAAUCAAAUACCUACCUCGCUUUCCUCCCCAGAAACACGGAAACAAUCCCAAUACCCAAACGGAAAUCCAUUUUCUUUUUCAUCUAUUUGUAUGUUUUUCUUUGAAAUUUUUUAUUUUGUUUGAUACCCAGUUUUUCCUUUGUUCUAGCUGUUGUGAAUUUCAGAAUUUUUUUUUUUUUGUUUCUUUAAAUCGAUCGAUCAAUUAGUCGAAACCUAAUGGCUUCUUUCUCGAUGUCGUCUCCUCUGUUCUUCUAUGUUACUGUCUUCUCUUUGAUGAGGUGCGUUUGGUCGUCGUCCUUUAUGUGCCCUCAUGAAUCCGACAUGUUCCUCUGUAAUCUUCGAAAUCAGAGCUAUCCUUCGAUCGCGCCGUAUCCCCCUCUUGAGGUGGACGGAAACUUCCUUGACAGGGCAUUGAUUUCCAAACAGACAAAGACCUACAUUUCUGUGCUCUUUUAUGCUUCCGGGUGCCCAUUUUCACAUGGUUUGCGUCCUAAAUUUGACAUCCUCAGUUCGAUGUUUCCUCAAAUAGAGCAUUUUGCAGUUGAACAAUCAAAUGCCCUACCAAGUAUAUUUUCAAGGUAUGGAAUCCAUAGCUUGCCAUCGAUCAUAAUCAUUAAUCAGACGUCAAGGGUCAGAUAUCAUGGUCCAAAAGAUCUUCUCUCCAUUGUGCAAUUUUAUCAGAAAACUACCAGACUUGAACCAGUUCAAUAUGUUACUGAAGAGGAACAUCUCAGAUUUGGGGAUGGUCAUAUGUAUGUCAUGCAGUCAUGGAAUGGGUCGUCAGUAAAUGAGAUGGUGAAAAGGGAGCCCUACUUAGCAUUUGCUGUGUUAUUUCUUUGCCUAAGAGUGCUCCUAUCCAUAUUCCCCAAACUAUUAUCUCGUCUCAAAGCCUUCUGGUUAUCAUAUGUUCCCCAUCUGAACUUGGAAAUAUUCGGUGAGACAAGUCAGUUGUUCGGGCGUGCCCUUCACAUGAUUGAUGUGAGGAGGAUUUGGACCAAGCUGCGGAUAUGCAAGACCAGGAAUUUCCAUCAACGUGCAAAAAAUGCCCGCGUUUGGGCUUCUCUGGCUUCCGUCUCCUUGGGUGAAUCGUCUUCUGGUAGGUCAUCAAACUCAUCUUAGGGCUCACGAGAUCAAAUCCAAAAUGAUAGUAGCGGAGCUUAUUGACCAGAUAGUUUCAUACAAAAAACCAUUGUGGUUUUCGGACUUGUUGUCUUCUCAUUCCCUUACCUUAAAUUCUAUUAUAGUCGAGAUAGCUGCAGCUGAUGUCCUUGUUUGAGUUGGCUUUUUUGUUUUUGGAGGAAACCAACGAGCAUGUAAAUUUGAGGACUGCUCUCUUUUUUUUUUUUUGUGUAUAUUACCUGUCCUUCGGGGGAACAUCUUCACACCAGUGGAAUGUAAGCUUGUUUAGCUCUCUGAUGUCUCUAUGUGGAUUGUUGAUCUCAAUGGUCUGAUGAUUGUACUCGGGAGCACGUUCCCAAGGUCGCAGACUCGCUGUAUUUUCGACGAACUCAGUAGGUAGCCCACUUCUUUUUAACCAUCUAAAUUACAAAACAUAGAUCAUCUAAUUAGAAGGUAUAUCAUAUGGUAUACUCCUAUAUUUAGGAAUUUACUUGAUUUCAUAGUUUAUGUUGUGCAACUCCUUGACUUAAUGGAUGGUUUUUAAUUUAAAAUUUGUCUCUGAAUGUUAGCAGUUGUUUUUUUUUUUUUUAAGGAGAUAAAUUGUUUUUUAUCUA